AGCAAACCUCACAGAUACAUCGUGCAGCAGAACCGACUACGGUGACAAGAAUGUGUUUCGCCUCGAGUGCGACUUUAAGUCCAUGGUGAAAAUAGAUCGAGUUACUUUGUAUCCAAACUCAACGGACGCGUGUACUAAAACAAAUCAAGACUGUACACUUAACAUCACUGAACUUGCUAUUAGAAAUUGCAAACACCAGCAGAAAUGCCAACUUUCGUUGAAUAGCUAUGCAAAACAGAAUAAGAAAAUAUGUUGUGCCCCUCUGGUUUGUCACAACAUAGCGUAUCAAUGCGUACCAGGUAGGU